AGGAUCCAACUUGAAAAAAGCCGAGGGUAAAAGGAACCCUAACGUUUACUAAAGCGCACCGUUUCAAUCAAUCCCCACAACUUAUUAGUUCUAAAACCCUAACAGCUUAAACCCAAAAAUGAGGAGCAUUACAAGCCAAUCAACAAUGUUGUUGAGAUCAAAGACAUACACAACUACUAAUUUCUGCACAAAAGCACUUACUUCGGAGACUGGUACGAAGAAAGAUAAAGUGGAAACGCUGUAUAAAAGAUUAAGUGCAUUUAGAGAGGAAAGUGAUGGUAAUAUUACAGACACACUUGAUAAUUGGGUCAAACAAGGACACUUUGUCAAGAGGUUUGAUAUUGUUGGUUAUGUUAAUCUGCUUCGCAAGUUUAAGAAGUAUCAACAAGCUAAUCAGGUAUAUGAAUGGUUAGAAAAGACUAACAAUAAAAUGAACAAUGCUGAUCGUGCCAUACGCAUUGAUCUUCUUGCCAAGACUGAGGGACUAGAAUCAGCAGAGAAAUACUUUGAUAAUCUCCAAGGAUCUGCAAAGACCAAGAAAACGUAUGGGGCGCUUCUUAAUUGUUACUGCAAGGAAAAAAAUUUGGAAAAGGCUUAUAAUCUCUUCGAGAAGAUGAAGGACCUUCAUCUUUCUUCUACUUUAAAUUAUAACAAUAUGAUGUCCCUCUACUUGAACGUUGACAAGCCUGAACAAUUACCUCUACUAGCCGAAGAAAUGGAGGGGAAGAACAUCAUCUUUGAUUUGUAUACCUACAACCAAUUAAUGAAUAGCUAUGCGUCUCUGAAGAAUCUAGAUGCAGUAGAAGGUGUAAUAGAGAAGAUGAAUAAGAAUAAGAUAAGGUGUGAUUGGUUUACUCUUGGAAAUCUAGCAAAAAUUUAUACAGAUUCAGGUUUGUUUCAGAAGGCCGAUGCUACUCUGUCUAAGAUGGAGAAACUUGAAAAUCUGCGCGAUCGUGGGGCAUUUCACAUUCUAAUUACUUUGUAUGCACAAACAUCUAACUUAGCCGGGGUUAAUCGAUCAUGGGAUUCUCUGAAGUUGGUUUAUGAAAAACCCAGUAACGCUAGCUAUCUUGUUCUACUUUUAGCUCUGUCUAAAUUAGGGGAGGUGGAUUCCCUUGAAAAGAAUUACAGAGAGUGGGAAUCAGAUCACUCAAACUAUGAUGUCAGGGUCUCAAACGUUAUCCUAGAAUCAUACCUUAAGCGUGACAUGAUUGAGGAUGCCCAGCAAAUUUUAGAAAAUAUAGUGCGAAAUGGGGCGGAGCCCAAUACAAGGACUUUCGAAUCAUUAACAACCUAUCACAUCAAGAAGCGGGAUAUUGAUAUGGCUCUGAAGUAUCUGGAGAUGGGUGCAUCUAAAGCAAAUUUCAUGAAACACAAGAUGUUUCCAAAUGAUGAAACAGUUAGAAUGUUUCUGCAACACUUUGAGGAGGAAAAUGAUGUGGACAAUGCAAAGAAAUUUUGUACCUGCAUGAAGAUGAUUGAUCGUCUAGACCCCGCUAUCUAUGAUUCCCUGAUCUGCAUGGAUGUUUCUGCAGUAAAGUAAAACAUUAUAUAUCUUGAAAGUAACUGAAGACAGCAGUUUCAUGAAAAGCCCAGAUCAACAAAAGCUCAAUGCUAGUACUUUAAACUGGGAAUUUGGCUGGUAACUGUCACAAUUUGUUGUUACUUAAUACUAUAUGAGAAGAAAUGACCGACAUUCUUCAGCUAUAGUCUAGACGAAGCAGGAAUGAACAGCCAUACUUAUUUUGCAAGAACGUUUAUCUGUUUGAAGUGCAUUCUGGCAGUUGCCAUCCCCUUUUUAGGUCAAAGGAAGCAAUGAGUUUAGCUCGUUCUUACCUCUCUUUUUCUCAUUUCUCUUUUGAAGAAUCAAGCAUCAAGUCAGGUUUAUUUGCUAGGUAAAAUAUGCUUUCUCCCUGGAGAACAUUAUUAUGGAAAAUAAUUUGCUGCUUCUUUUAUCAUUCUUUUUGGUAACUAA